AACUGGUUGAAAUCAUAUGGCUACCUGCUUCCCCAUGAGUCACGGGCCUCUGCGCUGCAUUCAGGGAAGGCCUUCCAGUCAGCAGUCUCUACCAUGCAGCAGUUCUACGGGAUCCCAGUCACCGGUGUGUUGGAUCAGACAACAAUCGAGUGGAUGAAGAAGCCUCGAUGUGGCGUCCCUGAUCACCCCCACUUGAGCAGGAGGCGGAGAAACAAGCGCUAUGCCCUCACCGGACAGAAGUGGAGGCAGAAACAUAUCACCUACAGCAUUCACAACUAUACCCCAAAGGUGGGUGAGCUGGACACACGGAAAGCUAUUCGUCAGGCUUUCGAUGUGUGGCAGAAGGUAACCCCGCUGACCUUUGAAGAGGUACCGUACUAUGAGAUCAAAAGUGACCGGAAGGACGCAGACAUCAUGAUCUUCUUUGCUUCUGGUUUCCAUGGUGACAGCUCCCCAUUUGAUGGGGAAGGGGGAUUCCUAGCCCAUGCCUACUUUCCUGGCCCAGGGAUUGGAGGAGACACUCACUUUGAUUCAGAUGAGCCCUGGACGCUAGGAAAUGCCAACCAUGAUGAGCUCCUUGUCUAAGAACUAAGGACCGAGAGAACAAGAACUGUGGCCUCUGAUAAUACUGGACACUUGAUCCACCAGGACGAGGGCCACGAAGUUGGGGGAGACCAUCUAGGAGCUGGUCUAAUUGGUCAGGCAGGAAAGUACUAUAAACAAGAAGAUGAUGUCUUAGAGGCUGAAGAAGCAGGUUAGGAGGCAUUAAAGUAGGACUGGAGAUCUGAAAGGGCUGGGUCCCUGCCCCAAAGCAGCUCCAAGCCAUGGUGUAGCA